AUGGCCCCCGUCCCCAAGACUAUGCGCGCAGUCGUCAUUGACGGCCCCUUCGACGUCAAGGUCAAGCAGGUUCCCGUUCCCAAGUGCGAGAAGGACACGGAUGUGGUGAUCAAGGUCCACCUCGCCGGCCUCUGUGGCUCUGACCUGCACGCGUACCGCGGCCACGAGGACGGUUCGGGCUAUGUCAUGGGCCACGAGGUUAUCGGCACGAUCGUCGAGGCUGGCUCGGCCGUUGCCAACUUCACGCCCGGAGACAUUGUCAUGGCGCCAUUCUCGGUCAGCUGCGGCAGCUGCUUCUACUGUGACCAGGGCUACACUUCGCGCUGUGAGCAGAACAAGUGUCUCACUGGUGGCCAGGCCGAAUACUUCCGCAUGCCGCUCGCCGACGCGACGCUGUUCAACUUUCCCCCCGAGUUGCCCGAGGAGGUCGCACUCCUCAUGACCGACAUCUUGCCCACCGGAUACAGCGCGGCCAUGAACGCGCGCCGCCUGCUGGACGACCCCCUUGUUGACGCGUGGACGCUCAAGGAUGCCGAGGCCGGCACUGUUCCCAAGAAGGGAGUCGCCGUCGUGAUCGGCUGUGGCCCUGUGGGACUCUGCGCCAUCUCGUCCGCUCGCUCGCUGUUCGAGACUGUCUACGCUACCGACCUGCACGAGUCCCGUCUCGCCCUGGCGGAGAAGCACGGCGCCGUUGCUCUUCCUCUUGCUCAGCUGCGCGAGGAGAUCCUCAAGGUCACCAACGGCCGCGGAGCCGACGCCGUGCUCGAGGUCGUGGGCCACGAGUCGGCCGUCCUGGACGCGCUGUCCCUCGUACGCCCUUACGGUGCCGUCUCGAGCGUCGGCGUCCACACCCGUAACGUCACUAUCGACGGCAACAUUCUUUACGACAAGAAUGUCCGCAUGCAGUUUGGCCGCUGCUCGGUCCGCACCUUCUUCCCCGCGGCACUCAAUGUCCUGAAAGACAACCUUGAGCUGUUCAAGAGCUUUGUGGAGAACAAGGUCGACCUCGACGAGGCUCCAGAGUACUACAAGCUCUUUGAGCAGGGCAAGGUUGCCAAGACCGUCUUCGACAUGUCCAAGUAG